GUAACAUAUAAAAGGGAACUCGGUGAAGCUGCUGUACCACUUUUGUGACACAGCCAAUGUAGUUCUGUAUACGGUUUCUUUAUUCUUUGCUGGGGGAUGUACUCCUGAGUAGCGUAUGACGAAACAAAUUUUGCUUCUAUUCACAUUCAGAGGAUUAGUAAGAAAACGGAAAAAAGGAAAAUGGAGAAAACGGCCAGUUAUAUAUUACGGAAAGCUGAACCCAGUGACGUGCACGAUAUCAUGCGACUCAUAAAGGAACUGGCCAAAUUUGAGGAAAUGGAAGAGAAGGUCGUGCUGACCGAGAAAGAUCUCCUUGAAGACGGCUUCGGAGAUCACCCAUUCUACCACUGUUUGGUUGCUGAAGUCCCAAAAUUGCAGGGCACAGAAGGGUACGAUGUGAUUGGAUUUGCUAUGUACUACUUCACAUAUGACCCUUGGAUUGGAAAGCUGCUCUACUUGGAAGACUUUUACGUCAUGCAAGAAUUUCGUGGUCUAGGCAUUGGUUCAAAAAUCCUGAAGGUCUUGAGUGAGACAGCAGUGAAGACUCGCUGUAGCGGCAUGCACUUCAUUGUAGCAGAAAACAACACCAAGUCUAUCGAGUUCUACAAGCGAAGAGGAGCAGCUGAUCUCUCUUCUGAGGAGGGCUGGCGUCUUUUUGAGAUUGAAAAGGAUGAUCUGCUGAAAAUGACUGCCCCAUAAGAGCUUAUGUACUGUUUAAUGAUUUGUGCUGACUGUUGGUGAAAGCAAUGAUCCUGUUUUUUAGUCAUUCUUAAUACAUUUUACACUGUAAGGUCAUCUGAAAUGUAGCAAGACCACUGCUGAAUGAAUACUGAUGAGAGGGGAAUAGCUAUACUCACAUUUAUUUGUGUUUUGAAAAACAUUAAAUAAACUUGAUUUUGUGUAACAGAA